AUGUUGGAUUCGGGAUAUGGGUACACUGAUGAAUAUCCUAAUCAACAGUCUAGUACUGCCGUCUCCGAGGAACAAUCAUCAACUACAGCUGGAUAUGAUAGUACCAACGAUUCCAAGGAUCAACCAAGAACAUAUGCUCCUUCUGUUGUUCCUUAUAAUCCAUCUGUUUCUGAGAAAGAAAUGGAUGAACCAGAAGAUGCCUGCGCUGGAUUGUCGGAUAGGACUCACGGUCAAGAUGCUGGACUCGCCCAGCCACUGCCACCUUGGAAGAUGUACUGUCAACCACUCAGCCCACAAUCACAACUUCUGGCGGUAACGAUGAGGCAGAAGUAUCGUAUACGACUGAUAACUCCGAAAGAUAUACCACUACAGCUUCGUACAAAGAAGAAUCUUCUAAUGUUACAACUUAUGGAGAAUCGACAACUCCAACAGAGGAUACCACUACAGAAUUUGUGCCCAGCAUGCAAUGGAGAAAAUAUGUCGAAUUUCAAAUAA